GAUGGAGACUUGGGAGUACUCGUCCAUUGCUUUCGUCAUCAGGGUCCUAGAGCCGACCUGACAUCACAUCGAGUCUCGCAGAAAAAGCUGUCAUCUUUGAGGACUCUGUCUGCCAACUGUUUAUGAGUCGAUUCCGAAAUGAAAAUGGCCUCAUCUGAGCCUGGCAGCCCACCUCCUGUAGAGCAUUUUACUCCCACUGAUAAAGAUGAUGACAUUGAAGAAGAAGAGGAGGCAGUGAGAGAUCAGCCUGUUAAAAAACGUGGCAGAGGCAGACCUCCAAAAGCCAAAGCCAUCUUCAAAUGCCCCACAUGCACAGAGACUUUUAAAAGCAUUUCAGCUCUGCAGAGCCACAAGCUGGCAGCACAUGCAAAGCAGCAGCAUGCAUGUUCUAAGUGCAGUAAGACGUUUUCAAGUAAAGCUCAGCUCUCCAAACAUGAACGCACCCACUCAUCCCAGCGCCCCUUUCAGUGUUCCGAAUGUCAUAAGGCUUACAAGACGUCCACAGAGCUACGCAACCACAGCCGCUCUCACACUGGGGAAAAACCUUUCGUAUGCACAGAAUGUGGUAAAGCCUUCAUGCAAGCCAUAUGUCUGAGGAUCCACAUAACGCAGCACAGUGGAGAGCGUCCUUACUCAUGUAGUGAGUGCUCAAAGAGCUACCCUACUCUGUCUAAGCUGAAGGUUCAUGAGCGCUCCCACACAGGAGAAAAACCAUAUAUCUGUGCUGAAUGUGGUAAGAGCUUCGCUGAUCCCUCUGUAUUUAGGAAGCACAAAAGAAACCACCAGGGACACCGGCCAUACGCCUGUGAGGAAUGCGGGAAAACGUACACAGAACUGAAAGACCUAAAAAACCACGAGCGCUCCCACACCGGGGAAAAGCCUUUCCUGUGCUCGGACUGCGGCAAAGCUUUCUCCCGCUCCUCCUCCCUGGCGUGCCAUCAGCGCAUCCACUCUCAGAAUAAACCCUAUCAGUGCGAGCAGUGUGGGAAAGGUUUCACCCAGCUGUCCUCCUACCAGUCUCAUCUCCGCACUCAUUCAGGAGAGAAACCCUUUCUCUGUCCCCAGUGUGGCAAAAUGUUCUCUGACCCGUCCAGCUUCCGGCGUCACCAGCGUGCCCACAUGGGAUUCAAACCUUAUCCCUGCGACAAAUGUUCCAAACGCUUCCGGCAGCCAGCUGACCUCGCUGUGCAUGAGCGUGUUCACUCUGGGGAGCGGCCAUAUAAAUGUCAGAGCUGCGACAAGGCCUUUGUGGCCUCCUGGGACCUCCGGCGCCACAUGCUUGUCCACACAGGUCUCAGGCCAUUCUCAUGCACAGAGUGCGACAAGUCGUUCACCGAGCGCUCCAGCCUCAACAAACACAGACGUGUGCACUCUGGAGAAAGACCUUUCAAAUGCGAGGAGUGUCUGAAGUCUUUUGUGGUGUCCUCCAGUCUGCGGAAACAUGAGAAGAUUCAUCUUGUGGAACAAUAUGAACGGCAGCAGGAGGCUGAUUCAGCCAACACAUCCACCUCUGGUUUGACUCCCCUCACCACUCUCCCUCAGUACUCUUGUUCUCACUGUGAAACCACCUUUUGUUCAUGGAAAGAACUUCAGACCCACGAAAAUCUUCACUCCACCGACCCUAGCUCGACGCAAAUCUGUGGAACCUGCGGCGACGAGUUUGCACAGCUGGAAGACCUGGAGGAACACAUGAAGCAGCACAUGCAGCUGAGGCCGCAUAUCUGCGACAGAUGCGGAAAGGGAUUCCUCAACAAAUCAGGGUUGCGGAAACACCAGAAGACCCACUCCGAAAACAAACCCCACAGCUGCCCCCAGUGUGGCAAGGCCUUCCUGUUCGCCGCCUACCUUCGCAAGCACUUACGAACCCAUAUAGACAAUGCUGCCCCUUCAGACCCAGCAGCAAGUGUUGAUGACCUUAAAAUUAUUCACACAGAACCACUUCCCUCGUCCUCACCUGCCAGUGAGGUGUCUGCCUCAACUGUUGAAGCAGCUUCCCUAUCUCUGACUGUACCUGUAACUUCUUUUCACAAUCUCUCAGAAUACUUGGUCAAAGAUGAUUGAUUAAAUUUUUUCAUUAAAAAAAUUAAAGCCUCUUGCACUUAAAAUGUAUUAGAUUGCAUGUAUAUGUAAAAAAAAAAAGUCUUAACUUAUAGAGGUUGCUCAUUCAGAUAUCUGGCUAUGAUUUCUGUAAUAAAUCUGUUCCAUCAUAUACCUUUAAUAUAUCCUACAUCUUUAAACCAUUUGAACUGAUAACGAGUUUCUUCAAUUAACCAAAAAAAUUGUCUGCUCAUAUAUUCCUUCAAUAUUUGACAUUUUUUUAAAUGUACUUUGUUAAAGCAGUUUCACUAUUUUAAUGUUUUACCAUUAUUAUUGUUAUUCAAGUAGUUGCAGUGGAGGAAGGUUCACUGUGAAGCAGUUUUAUAUCAAUAAAGUAUAAAAAAGAUUUUUUUCCCAACUAAAA